CGCCUCUUGUAUUCAUACCCUAAAAGCUUGAAGUGUAAUGGCCUUACGAGUGUUUUCAUGUUUCACUUAUUUCUACCUCCCAAAACAUGCGGACAUUACUUUCUUGGUUGCAUUCAAUGUUAUUGUUUUGCGAUUUCUGCCAAACUCAUUCUGCAAAAUAUGAUGUUUUAAUUGUUCAUGAAGACAAAGAACCUGUUUUAGAGGGUAUUCAGAAUUAUCCAAUCAGGUUAUCAAUUACCAAGGGGCCGAGCAAUUUCACCAUGUUUUGUGACGAUUCUUGGGAUGAUCCCAACGGAUCCAAAGAUUGCCCAAAUCUUGCCACCGAAGCAUCUCAAAAGGAUGAGCAAUCUGAUUUACGAGGCGUUUUUUUGAGAGUCUCUAUUUUGCCUUAUUUUCCAUUGGUAAACCUGGAAUUGCCCGACGUGAAUGGAUACUUCGUGGACGUGUUGAAUAUCUUGGCAGACCUGAUGCAUUUCCAAGUGGUUUAUCAAAAGCCUCCAGAUGGUCGUUGGGGAAGCAAGAACGACGAUGGAACUUGGAAUGGAAUGGUUGGAGACCUGACAAACAAUAAAAGUGAUAUAUCCAUUGGAGGCCUCUCAAUCACCGAGGAUAGAUUCCAAGUGAUUGAUUUCACUCAUUCUCUGAUCGAUGAUGACGUGACACUGAACUAUCGGGUUUUGGAACCGGCAGAGCUUAACUUUCAUGCCUUUUUUCAAGUGUUCCAAAGUGGAACCUGGAUCAGCAUUGGAGUAGCCUUCAUCCUCAUCGUUAUUGGCCUUUGUUUGACCAAUCAAAUGGGACCGAACAAGCUUGGAAUUCUGAGGAGUUGUGAAAUUACUUGGGUUAAUUUUAUCCUCAGGGACCCAAAUGGUCAUGAUCAUUUUGCCAGCACUUCUACGCUUUUUUCGUACAAGAUUUGGUUUGCCAUAAUGAGCUUGUUUUCUUUGAUUGUCAUGACCGUUUACACCGGAGACUUGACGUCGAAAAUGACAGCAUCUGGUCCAGUGGACGACCUAACCUCAUUUCAAGACAUAAUUGAUCGUAAAUGGCAACUCCUAAUAAGGCCAGGAACAAGCGUUUAUGAUAACGCGGCACUAAGCCCGGUGGGAAGUGCUUUGCAAAAGGUUUUACAAGACCAGACAUUUGACAACAAAUUGGAUCUGCCCUUGAUAGACGUCCUAAUGAGUAAGUGGGAUGUCGUUCACAUUGGUUCUAGAAAUUAUUUCAUGGACCAACCAAAUAUCCACAGCGUAAGAGUGCCCGGAACAUGGAGUGAAGCAAUUGCCUUUGGCGUUCCCAAAGAUUGGCCUCAUCUCAGGACGAUGAACUAUCACAUUCAACGACUAAGGGAAUUCGGAAUUCUAACCAUAUUGAAAAGCAAAUGGUUUAACGCUCAGACAUCAAACUCAAUUGGGUCCUUGAAUGAAUCGUUUUCCAUAUCCUACCAGCAUACAUUAUUUCCGUUCAUACUUUUGAUGUUGGUUUGUGGCCUCGCCAUAUUUCUUGGGAUUCUGGAGAGAAUAUUGCCAAGGAGGACAACACAGCUCUCUCAGACCUGUGAACAUAAAUCAAAUACUUAAGGGCAUCAUGAAGUAUUUUGGUGAAUGUCCGGAUGGCUUGAAAAGCACAUAUGACAACAAUAUGCAACAAUAUAUUCAGUUUUAAUAUCUUUAAGGAAGGUGAAGGAGUGAGGGGAGCUCAUGCAGAACUAUUGACCGAAUGGCGGAAAUAGAGAGGGUCAUAAUGUCACGACAUAUCACGAAAAUAUAAUACAUCCAUUAAAUCUGAACAUUGAUCUAUCAAAUCAUUCUAUCAACGAGACAAUGAAACGGAAAAAAACAACCGAAGAUCACGAAACUCCCUUAGGGUCUGUUCCAUUAUCUCUUAAAUUUGGACCUCUAUUAUCACAUUCUAUUACAUUGCAUUCAACGCCUGAGGGAAUUUGAGAAUGUAUCCACCUUAUAAAACGAUGAAUGGACGAGUCUCAUGCGCAGACACCAUCAAUUUGAGUGAGGUCCUCUAAUCAAUCUUUUCCCAUCUCUUAUCAACAUACCAUAAUUCCCCCGGGGUAAGGUUGUCGUGUUGCGCCAUCUCUUUGGUGUGUGAGAUCUGGAGUGGAUUUCAAGCAAAGCUCACCACAAGAUGGAUGACGAUAUCAACAAAAGGGUUGUUUUCAAGUCUGAUGCCGCAAGCCAUCAUACGUUUUCUGAUGCUAAAUUUAGAAAUCUUGAUUGAUUGACAAAUUAUCUCCUUUUGAACAAAUGCCCAACAAAAACUUCACAUAUACUUACACUCAACGUCUACGCAAUGCGUGUUUUUCUGAAGAUAAACGCUGAGAUAAGUAAUGGGGAAAUCACAAAAUUCUGUAUAUUUUGUCAGCAAUGACCAAAGUUUCAAUACCUACUGCUGCAAAAUAGAA